AACAUGAAUAAAGAUGUGAGCUCUGUCUGAUGCAUGAUUCCUCUUGCCUAUGUGGGAGAGACCUACUCCUGGGAAACCUGACUAUUCCUCUUAACUAUAUGUCAACACCCUACGAGGAGUUAAACUGUAUCUGGACCUGUAGUUAAUCUUCUCUGUACUCCACCAGAGGCUUCAAAGUGCUGCCUAACUUAUUCCUCUCAGCCAGUCUGGAGCUACUUUUCCCUGAACGGAGCACAACUUCACUCUGGAGAUGAAAAUAUCUGUUGUGGCCAAAAAGCUGUGGAGCAUCCACAAACAGCUGAUUCUCCUGCUCACUCCACUUGUGUUUCUGCCUUUACUUUUUACUCUACCGGAAAAGGAGGGAAAAUGUCUUUACGUGGUGUUGCUGAUGGCGAUGUUUUGGUGCACAGAGGCCCUUCCUCUGGCCAUCACUGCGAUGCUUCCAGUUUGCCUCUUCCCAACACUGGGAAUUCUUCCAUCCAAGAAAGUCUGCCCUCAGUACUUCCUCGAAACCAAUUUUCUCUUCCUCAGUGGUCUUGUGAUGGCGUCAUCCAUCGAGGAGUGGGGCCUGCAUCGCAGAAUAGCCCUGAAGGUCCUUACUAUUGUCGGAGUAAAACCAGCUUGGCUCAUAAUGGGAAUGAUGAUGACCUCGUCCUUCCUGUCCAUGUGGCUCAGCAACACCGCCACAACAGCCAUGAUGCUCCCUAUUGCUAAUGCCAUCCUGGAGAGUCUGUUUGGAGACCUGGAGACUCUGAAAGAGAAGUGCAAGUCCACAGACGAUCCUGAGGGUGAUAUAAUAAAUGGUCAGUCUACUGUAAAGCUGCAUUCACUGCCCUCAGUGCCGUCGGAAAAACAAAUACUUUCAAUAGAUGGGACGGAUAGGAUGGAGCAAAGUGAUGUGAGGACAUCUGAGGAGAUCCGAUCAGAGUCACGGUAUCAGAUGAAGGUGUGGAAAGGAUUCUUGAUCUGUAUUCCUUAUGCAGCCAGUAUCGGCGGGACCGCCACGCUGACAGGCACCGCACCCAACCUCAUCCUGAUUGGACAGCUGAAAAGCUACUUUCCAGACUGCGACCUUAUCAAUUUUGGCUCUUGGUUUGCAUUCGCUUUCCCGCUCAUGCUUCUCUUCCUGUUUUUGGGAUGGAUUUGGAUCGCGUUUCUCUACGGGGGAUUGAAUACACGAUUGUGCUUCAAGAAAUAUGACCAAAGAGCGCAGGCAGAGGCCAGAGCAAAGGCUCUAAUAGAGGAUGAUUACAGAAAACUAGGGCCCAUAAAAUUUGCAGAGGGAGCGAUCUCUUUCUUUUUUAUACUGUUUGCUGUUCUCCUGUUCACAAGAGAUCCCAAAUUUGUCACUGGCUGGUCUGUGUUUUUUAAAAAAGGGUACGUCUCAGACGCAGUCACUGGUGUGAUCAUUGUGUCUAUACUGUUCUUCUUCCCAUCGCAGAAACCUUCUCUGAGCUGGUGGUUCGACCCUCAAGCUUCAAAUACUCCUUAUGUCCCUCUCUUAUCAUGGAAGAAAGCCCAGGACUCUGUUCCCUGGAAUAUCAUUCUGUUGCUUGGAGGCGGCUUUGCUAUGGCUAAAGCUUGUGAGGAGUCUGGACUCGCCUCCUGGAUCGGAGGCCACCUCCAGCCUUUGGCCGAGGUCCCUCCUGCUGCAGCUGUGAUGUUGAUCACUGCUUUCCUGGCCUGUUUCACUGAGUUUGCCAGCAACACUGCCACAAUUAUCAUAUUUUUACCCGUCAUUAUUGAACUGGCUAUUCAUGCCUCGGUGAACCCUCUGUACUUCAUGAUACCUGCUACAGUAGGAUGCUCAUAUGCCUUCAUGCUGCCGGUGUCCACGCCACCCAACUCCAUCGCCUUUGCUUCAGGACAUCUCAUGGUCAAAGACAUGGUGAAAACUGGCUUUGUCAUGAACAUCCUGGGUGUCCUCUCGGUCUCUCUGGCCAUGAACACAUGGGGUGUUCCCAUGUUUAACUUGAACACGUAUCCAGAAUGGGCUCACCCCAUCAACAAGUCUGCUGUUAUUACUGAUGUGCACUUCUCAUCUGUCCAAUCACUCAAUGCUACUCUCUGAUUGCUCACUCAAUCUCAGCAUGAGCGUAGAGGAAGUAUCAGAAUAAAGAUUUAACACUAAACAGGGACAAAAGUCUGUAGACUUCUACUCUGUGUCACUAAAAUAUCAGAACAUUCUGGGAGCUUCAGCUGUUACCUGUUGUGACGAAUUUAAUAAGUUUAUUACCCUCAAGUGUCUUUUUAGGCUCUUAAGGGUCAAGAUUUCAUGCUCUGAACUGUUAGUUUUGGCACACUCCAAGUUGUACAUUAAAAACAAGCUAGAUUAUUUUAUCUCUGCCUUAUCAAAACUGGACAGGAGAGACAUUUAACCUUGACAACAACAACAGCAGCAGCCAGCACUCUGAAGAGUUUUUCUUAUGUUUUAAAACUUCAGUCAGACUGCAGAGUUUGCGGUUUGUAUUGAUUCUACUAGCCUGACCUCUGCUGGAAGAAUGAGAGAGACCUCUGUGAAUAAAAUAUAUAUUUUUGGUUAAAAUCACUAGGUCAUGUUACUUUUGUAUGGGGCAUGUUUGGUUACCAAAGCCAUAGCACAUAAACAACAUUUUAAAUCUUUUCUACAUUAGCGUAUGGAUCCUGACAAAUGAAUUUGUAAAUUUUGUUACAAAGUGAUUUGCGUUCAUAUAACUGCUGUUACAAAUAAAUUGUUUCAGUUUGUUUUAUGAUAAUUUAGUUGCAUGUGGUCUCUGUAUUUGCCUGUAAUGAGUGCACAUAGCAGGUUUAUUUUAGAAGGACCUUGUUAUCAGAGUAUUUGCAACAGCUAAAUUGUGUUUUAGUUAGUUUUAAUAGAAAUCAACAACAAAAUGUAACCCUCAAUCCUGAGGUUUUGAUUAGCUGUAGCUGUACUGCUGCAGGUUUAACAUAUAUUUUUUAACACAUUUUGGCCUCUGCACACACAAACAGAGCCAGAGAGAGCAUGUAGUUGUAAAUUCCUUGCAAUGUUUGUUUGGUGUCACGAACCCGACAACAAUGGUUAACUUGCGCAGGGAUGUGGUGGUUACUUAGUGUCAGCAGGGUCCGUGCAAAAGGUCCUGUCGUGUCUGUCGCAAAACUAUAAAAGACUUAACCUAAAUCCACAGACCAGGACAGGAUGUACCCAACCGCACAACACAAACAACCUUUGGCAACGCAGGUUUGAACCAAAGCUGAUUUACGUCUUUGCCUUUGACAGAUUAGAAAUAUUUUAAUAUUAAGUUGUUACUUGUAAUAAAUGUAAUUGACAUUUUUUAUGUUGAUCAUAACUGGAACUAUAAUUCUACAUUAAAUCUAAUUUCUCUCCAGUGACAUGAAACAUUUCUUAUUUCAAACACAUCCCAAUUCACCGCUGUACAUGACUAAUAAAGAUACUGUGUGCGUGUUUGUGUGAUUUGUGGGGAGAGUGUAUAAGAAAUAUAUAAUGUCCUGUGAGGCUCUAAUAACGUUCUGCCCUCAUUAUCUGUGUGAGUGCACAGCUAUGCAGUGAGCUAAACUUUUUGCUGGAAGCAAUUGUGAAACUGAAAAAGUAAUAGACAAAAAAUUCAAUUAUAGUGAUGACAAUAUAAGAGUUAGACCAAAGGUAUUGUGUAGUUGUAAACCUGGAUCAGGUCUUUACAUGCCGCAGUAUGGUUUCUAUUAGAGUACUCCAGGAAAAGGCCAGGAUAAGGCCUUAUCCAGGUUUCUGAAACCAGGAUACACAUAACCGGGAUACUCCAAAAACCCAAUCAUAACCAGGAUACUUGUGCGCAUGUAAAUGCGUCAGAAAGAAACAAAGUUGUCAUGGUUUGGGGUUUUAGUUUAGUUAUUUCCUGUUUUAUUUUGGUAGGAAUUCUUCCUCAUGUGUCUUGUGUAGCUUUACUUCCGUCUUUGUGUAGUUCCCCUCCAGUUUUGAUUAUCUGCCCCCGCCCUGUUUCCCCUCUCUCAUUGCCAGUUUCUCUUUGUACCCAUGUGUCAAGCGUUACAGCUCUUUCUAGUGUUUUUUGGAUUUACUUUAUUUGUUGGACUUUCUACCUGAUUUGAUUGGACUUUGGAUUUUCUGCCUGCUGCUUUGGAUUUGUUUGCCCAAGCUGGACUGCUUUUCCGGUUUAAACUUUGCCUGCCUCAUCAUACCCAUAAGCCUGCUGUACACUUUCUUUUGCCAUUAAAUCGUUGAACUUCA